CGUCAGGACAUAUCGCAAUUAUAGCCAAAAUUUCGAAAUGAAUACGAAUUAAAUUGAUUAGACCUUCUAUGCAUCUUUUAGUCAAUCUAAAAUCUCAUCUCAUCUCAUCUCAGCACAACAGCAUAAAAGUCUAUCCAGAAUGACGGAAGAACAAUGUUGUUGCGAGGACAAAAAAGCGUGUGGAAAAGCCAGUUGUCCUCGUCAUCGCUUUUUGACAAUCGAAUUCCCAGAUGGUUCGUGCUUCCGAAAAUUGGACACUCGACAUAUCAUGCGAGGUGACGAACUGGGGGAGGACCCUGCUCUGGCGAAUAGAUUUGAACAUCAUGGUUUUGCCGUCUAUGAAGGUCGAAAACUGAAGCAAGGACGAGAUGGAAGAGACAGCAGCCAGUCUCGACACGCAAAUGAGGUCUUAGCUUCAGAAAACAGUCCUUCUGAUCAUCGACUAGCAUUAAAAGGUCAAAACGACAAUAACAUGCUUGACACUCCUCAAGUCUACCAUGCACAUUAUUGCGGACAUUUGGAUGCGAGAGGUCGUAAUUUUGACGAGUUUCUAAAUCCUGGGAAACAUUUGUGUUUACGCAAAGGUGGACGCUGUGAGGAGCAAAAAAGAAAUACAUUUCAAAGCGACAGUGUUUGCCCCACCAAAAAUGAGCACUGUAAGUGUCACAUAAGAACAGAAAAUGAAGCUGAAAAUAAGUUUGUUGGUGUCAAUAAGUACGCUCUUAGAAAUAGACACCAGGAUGACGUGGGUUGUGAAAACUUAAGUGCAAAUGAAUACCCCAUCGGAGGUGGCUGUCCUUUUAAAAAUGAAGCCAUCCAUAAAAACGAUUGCCCUCAUUUUUAUGAAUGUCCUGCCGAAAGUAAGAGAGCCAAAAGGGUCUCACAUGCAGUUGACAAUGAGUAUUAUGCGGAAACCGUCUGUGAUGAAGGCAACUCCAAGGAAAAUGAAUGUAACAACAAUACAUGUCCUAACCAAUACCGGUUCUCCGAUAGGAAUUACUAUGAUAGUAGCGUUUGCCCCAAUGAAGACCUGUGUUCAAAUAUAUCUGACAGAUGCAAUUGCCCAUUUGCAAACGUGCGUCCCAUUAGAAAAAACUGCCCACUUGAAAAUCAGCAUGGUACCAGGGACGGGGAUUCCCUAGGAAGUCAAAGUUUAUGUGACGAGAAAUAUGCUAUCAAAAAUCAAGGUCACGUCAUAGACGAGGCCGGAAAAAAGCAUGGUUUGCGUGGUGUGAAAUUGCACGAAAGACCAGUUCAAGGUGGUGGUGAGAGCCAAGUAGUGCAAGAAAUAGAACAGCAAUCAAGCCUGUCAAGCAUAAUAAAGGAAAGUGUAGAAAAUGAGGUUGAACGCACCAAGCAUAUACUAUCUCGGGUGAGGACCCCAGAGGAGAUCGAAAAAAUAAGCCAAGCUCUUUCCGCAUCACCUCCUUGGUCGGUACGAAAAACCCAGGCACUCCCUGCUCAAAACUUUAGUAAAAAAUCUGAAAAAGAGUAUGACUCAAAACUGCGGAAUCAACCGUGUCCUUCGAAAAGUUAUCUGAAUAACGUAGUACAUGUUACCGUGGAUUCCCUUGAGAAAGUAGUAAAAGCUUUAAAAAAGUCCUAUAAAUCGAACGAUGACUUGAAACUGCCGGACGAUCCUGAACUCUCGAAUAAAAUUUUAGCUCGGAAACUAAUCGAAACUCAAAAAGGUGUUGAUGAACUAAAGGAGGAGAUGCAGAAUUUAUUACACAGUUUGCAGGAUAUCCUUUUAAAAUUUAUCUAACAAAUAUCGGGGUAGAAGGUAGAAGCAGGAAGCGGUUUGUUGAAAGUCAUUUUUGUUGUUAGCUAGAGUCUAAAAGUGCCCUUAAUAUUUAAUCAUAAGCGCCCA